CUAGUAUCUAUCUCUCUUUUAUGAUGUCAUGAAUGAAACUAAAAAAAUAUAAGAAAAAAGGAAAACAAAAAUUGUAGAGAAAAUCCUUUGACCCCACAAAAUCAGUAUCCCUUCCAAUGCCCUCCAUCCCCAGCUGUCUUCCAGCCUGUUUGCCUUCUCUCCUUCUGUGGGCUCUCUCCAUUUUUAUAACUUCUCCAUUUCUCAAAGCUCUGCAGGCUCUCUCCAAUUCUCUCUGUGCAAAACCCUAAACCACUGUUCUGCUGAGCCCACUGAGGAGAAAAGUUCAAGCCCCAAUGGAUCCGUGCUCUUUCGUGCGGAUCGUCGUCGGCAAUUUGGCCGUUAGGUUUCCGGGUUCGUCGUCUUCCCCUUCCUAUGACCCUUCUAUUUCAGGAAUCAAUCCUUCUCCAGAAUCAUCUCCGAGCUGCUACUGCAAAAUCAAGUUUAAGAACUUCCCUCGUCAGAUCGUCACCGUUCCCGUUUUGCACCGACCCGAACCCGAAUCCGAGACCCGGAGCCCCGGGAAUGCAUCCUCCGUUGCCGCUUGCUUCAGUCUGAGCAAGACCCAGAUCGAGGCUUACGAUAAGAAGCCCAAGUGGAGUGUCCUCUCCGUGGAGGCUUAUUCCCGCGACGGCGGUGACGGUGAUGGAGCUCCGGCGUGUGGACUCGCUGCCGCGGGUGGGAAGCUUCUUGGUCGGUUCAAGGUUUCGCUUGAUCUGAAGGCGGCGGAGACAAGGGCGUGUCUGGCGCACAAAGGAUGGGUUGCUUUGGGUUCCAGGAAAUUGGCGAUGAAGAAGAACAAAUACAGCUCAGAUCCGGAGCUCCAUGCCAUUGUUCGGGUCGAACGCGACCCGAGAUUCGUGUUCCAGUUCGACGGCGAGCCCGAGUGCAGUCCACAAGUUUUCCAGGUCCAGGGAAACACGAAACAGGCCGUCUUUUCCUGCAAGUUCGGAUUUAGAAACUCCGCUGAUCGGAAUCAAAUGUCGAGUUUAUCGAUGUCGGAGCCAAGCACUUCAAGAACCUGGUUGUCGACGAUAAAAACAGAGGAGCAGCAACCGAAAGAGAGAAAAGGAUGGUCGAUAACAAUUCAUGAUCUCUCUGGUUCACCAGUCGCUAUGGCCUCUAUGGUCACGCCCUUCGUCCCAUCCCCCGGGUCGAACCGCGUGACCCGGUCGAGCCCGGGGGCGUGGCUCAUCCUCCGCCCCGAUGGCUUCACCUGGAAUCCUUGGGCCCGUCUCGAGGCGUGGCGCGAGCCCGGCUUUUCCGACGCCCUCGGUUACCGCCUCGAGCUCUACCAAGACUGCGUGGCCACCGCCGUCUCCGCCUCCUCCUCCAUCAGCAUGAAAAAAGGCGGUAAAUUCGUGAUCGACGUAACUAACAAAUGCGGGAGCUUGGUCUCGACCCCGUCGUCGAGCCCCCAUGGGAGCUGGGACCUGGGGUCAGGGUCGAGUUCGGGGUCACGACCCGGGUCAGGAUCCGAAUCGGAUUUUCUGUUCGUCCUGCCGCAGCGGCACAAAGGGUUCGUGAUGUCGGCAACGGUGGGAGGUGUGGGGAAGAAUAGCAAACCGGUGGUCGAAGUCGGUGUCGGUCACGUGACUUGUACGGAGGAUGCGGCGGCGCACGUGGCACUUGCCGCGGCGAUGGAUCUCAGCAUGGACGCGUGUAGGAUUUUCUCUCACAAGCUGAGGAAGGAGCUGAGACAGCAAAGCCAAGUUGGUGUCGUUUGACGUGUAUCGUGUUGUCGUUUUGGUUGCUGUGAUGAGUUGUCUUCCACUCUUCACUGCGUUUUUCCUUUAUAAAAAGUAAAAUUGAAUUUUAUUUUAGGUAGCUUUAGAAAUUGGGAAACUAGAAAGAAGAAAAAACGAAUUUUAGAGCUGGAUGUCAUUAUGGCUUUGAUAUUUUUUUUGUUUAAUAUUCUUUUGUACAGCUAAGAAAUGGUAGAAUCGCAGAUUAUUUCAUUAUUAUUGUAUGAUAAUGUCAGUGAAGGAUAUUGAAUAUUUCGAGAUUUUUUA